AUGGCAAUCGUGGGGAUGAAUCGAUUGUUGCGUGGUGUGGCGUCGCUGACGGUGUCUGCACCACACUCUAGUUUAAUGAUGCGCGCAGCCAGCAUGCAGACUGCCACAUUGCCGAUUAACUUGUCACUGGCUGAGGAAAAGCCGAUGCCACCGCCACGCGUGAUUCCAGCAGCGCAGGACGUCAAGAUGUUGCCGUCGGGUGAUCUGGAGCUGCAGCUUUUGUCCGUGGCCGACGACUCGAAGGAUUUGGGCACUGUCACUAUGGAUGGUGUGGUGUUUGGUGCGCCUAAUCGUGUGGAUAUUCUGCAGCGGGUGGUGCGCUGGCAGCUUGCAUGCUCUCGCGCUGGUACUAACAAAACCAAAACACGCUCCGAGGUAAGCGGCUCGACGCGCAAGCCGUGGAAGCAAAAAGGAUCAGGACGCGCCCGUGUGGGAGACAUUCGUGCACCACAAUGGCGCGGAGGUUACCGUGUGCACGGUCCUGUGCUGCGUGACUUUUCGUAUAACCUGCCCAAGAAGGUUCGCGCUAUGGGUCUGCGCGUGGCAUUGUCUACCAAACUUCGUGAAGGAAAACUUGCUGUCGUGGACUCACUGGAAAUCGACGUUUCUAAGACGAAGGAUAUGAAGAAGCUGCUAGGUCGCCGUGGAUGGGACCACGCGUUGUUUGUUGGUGGUGAAGAGGUAGAUUCACGCUUUGUGCUUGCCACGCGCAACAUCCCUCACGUGGACACGAUGCCGCAGAACAAGAUCAACGUCUAUUCGAUCCUGCAAAAAGACUUGCUGAUCAUCACAAAGGACACUGUCAAGUACCUUGAGGAGCGUCUUCACGUCGAUUAG